AUUCAAGGUCAGGCCACCAAACAGGUGUUUCCCGAUCGUGGGAAAACCCUUUGAUUCAUUGUACAGAUUUUCGACGAGAUAUUUAAACACUAAACAGUACUAAAAUAGUAAAACUAUGGCUAGCAGUUCUGAACAUUACGGAACGAAUAAAAGUGAAACUUCUUUAGCCCAAGAAAGUUCAAUAAAUGACUCAUACUCGGUUCCUGAAGCUAGGUUUGAAUGCCCUAUUUGUUUAGCUUGGCUAAGGGACCCUGUACUAACAUCUUGCGGUCAUCGGUUCUGUAGAUCUUGCAUUUAUUCUUGGCUCGAAAAAAACAGCGCUUGUCCUGUGGACAACAUGAAAUUGAACAAGGAAGACGUCUUCCCGGAUAAUUUCACUCGAAGAGAAAUAUCUCAGCAGCGCACUAAAUGCCCAAACAUUGUUCGGGGCUGCCUGGAGGAGCUGUCUCCUUUAGAUGUCGAAGCCCACCUGUUAGUCUGCGAAUUUAGAAUACCCGAACUCCCGGACAAUGAGAAAUUGCGGUGUUCGUUCGUGGAUGUGGGUUGUGAUGAUAAAUUCGAAGAUGAGCCGGAGUUACAGCGCCAUUUGGAACAACACGUGCAGAAGCACUUAACGCUUUUGUCCAAAGCUUACUCUACCAUUAGUGUGAACAGAAAUGCCUCUACUAGCGCCUCUGCUAUAGCUCAGCAAGCUAAUUUCUGGGACCCUCCGUCUAAGAAUGAUGGGCAAGUUGUGCUUAGGGAUGAUAAUCUACAAGAGUUGUUAAAAGCUUUAUACGAAAAAAUUGUAUAUUUGGAGCAAAAAACCCGAGAACAAGACAUCAUCAUUGCUAACAUGUCUGAACAAAUUUCAUCGUACAAUCUUUCAAUGACAAAAUUGCACCAGCGAUAUUGUAAUGGGUCCUACUUGUGGUACUUUAAUGAUUUCAAAAACAAACUGAAUGCUAUGAGAGAAAAUCCACAUCUGAUGUACUACAGCCCUGGGUUUUACACGUCCCCGAAUGGUUAUAAAUUAUGUGUAAGGCUAAACUUGUCGCCAAAAGACAAUCAUUACAUCGCAGUAUUAAUACAUGUUAUGAAAACGGAACAUGAUGAUACUUUAGAUUGGCCUUUUAGUGGAAAGCUAAGCGUAACUCUAAUACAUCCUGCGCAGUCUUUUCGAAACAUAAAGGAAACAAUGAUGACCCGUCCAGAAUUAGACGCGUUCAAACGUCCAGUGCAAGACUUAAAUCCAAAGGGAUUCGGAUACACAGAAUUCGCUUCGUUGGAGGAAAUACUCGAUCAAGAAUUUGUCCAAAAGAAUCAAUUGGUUAUUAAAGUUCAAGCCCAAACCGUAUAGAAGUGCGCUUCGACUCUUUGGUAAAAUCGAAAGACUGUUUCAAUCGAAUCCAUAUCAAGCUAUAAUGUCAUUUAAAAUGAUCUUUUACUCGUAAAUUUUUAAUAUGAACUUUUACUGAUCGCUCAAUGAAUGUUACGUAAUUAUGUAGUAUAUUAUACUAUUGUUACUUAUUAUCCCUAUUACGUAUGGAAAUAUUAUUCCCCAUGUUCUUAUAUACAUUUCUAAAAUUGUUAAUUAAUGUUUUAGAAGAAAUAUAUUUAAUAAACCUCUUGUUUAAGAGUCCAUUAUAAAUUUCAAAAAGCCCUUCCAAUAAUGAUACCAAAAGUAUAAUUUUAAGAAGAAAUAAAUAUAUAAUUACGUUAAUGAAUCAAUUACACUUAUAUAAUUAUUUAAUAACAAAUACUGAAACAUAAAUAUUACUUAUUCCUUCUUCCAAAUACGUUUUACCGUGUUACUCAUUCCAAUUGAUUUGUGGUUAUAAUACAAAAGUCCACCAAGAGUAGAAAUCGAAAUCAAAUAUAACAAGCCCAUGGCUAGUUUUGGAACAACAGGACCAACGAUUAUGGGUCUAACGUAAUCUACAACGCAGGCCUCCAAACCCCUGGAAAUUAAUAACAAAUAUAAUAAUGUGUAGAAGGAUAAUAGUGAAGCAAAUUACCAAUGAAAAUGUAUAACAAUGGAGGCUGCCAUAACGUCGUCAAGCAAUGGAUUAGAAGCGAGAAGAGCUACAGGUACUACACCGAUGAGAGCGGCAGAGAGAAAUCUUUCUGCAGUCCACAGCUUUCCGUGGUCUGUAGACAUGGGUCUCUUUGAUACAUAUUUUAUUUCACGGCUCACUUUGACAGGGUCUUUUCUAAGAGUACUCACGAUCUGAGUAAAGGGUCUCUUCGAAUCCAACUGUAAAG